AUGGCUCCAAUCACUGUCGAAGAGCAGUUUGCUUUCCUGCUGAGCUGCAUUCGCUUCUCCAACAACGGAAAAAUUGACUUCGACAAAGUUGCGGAGGAACGCAAAAUCAUCUCCAAGGGAGCCGCCGCCAAACGCUAUGAAAGACUCAUGAAGUCGAACAACAUCAGCCUCUCCGGAGGAAACGCGGCCAGCAGCUCUGGAAAGUCGCCUGAGAAGUCCACCGACGGUAACAGCGCCACCACCACCCCGAGCAAGGCCUCUGGCGGCAAACGCAAAAAGGCAGCAGACUCUACGGGCUCGCCCAAGAAGACGAAGCUGAUGAAGAAGGCGGCCGUGAUGUGCGCGGAGGACCUUCUCAAGCAGAAUGAGUCUGACGAAGAUAUCAAGCGCGAGAAUGAUAAUGACGACGAGGAGAAUGGCUCUUUGUUCAAGGGGGUUUCUGGUGAGCAGGAGCCUGACGAGCCAUACGCAUGA